AAAUGUCUGGAGCCACUCACUUCCGGUUUCUCGUAAAGUUUGGGGCAAAAAAACUCCAGCGCUAUAAAAAUGUCAGCAAUUGCUGGCGAAUUGUUAAAACGGGACGAAGAUGAAGAAUUCAAGACCUUCGUACUUUUAUACUACAACGCAUUGCAAGGGUCAGGAAUACCAGAAACUUACUGGAGGAGCCUACACCAUAAAAUCACCAACGAGGCUUUUGAUGCUGGGGAUGUGUUUGGAAUUAUCCAAAUGCAAGAAAAUGAUGGUGGUGGAAUAAAGCGCGAGUGCGUGGAUGAGGACAAGCCUGGAACAAGGAUACGCUCCAGAGUGAUUGUUACUUGCGAGAGUGGCCUGCAAGCUUCACAACCGACAAGUAUUUUCUUGGUGGACCAUGCUUGGACAUAUCGUGUUGAGCAUGCUCGUCAGCAGUUGGAGCAGAUUCCUGGGCUGUUGCCCCGAAUGGCCUCCCUCAUGGGGUUGGACUUGAGUGGGAAGAAUAGCGAUGCUGAUAAAGUGGAGUUGGUGAUGGAGCACAUGUGGCUGUACAACCAGACCUAUCAACUUUCCCAAGGGUCUGCGGAGGAGAAGAUUCCAGUGUGGUACAUCAUGGACGAGUUUGGUUCUCAAGUACGUCACUCUGACCAGCCCAGCUGUGGCAUGGCUCCCUUCUUCUUUGUUGAAGCCCACGCGGCCUACACUGUACUCUGGCCUCUCAGAGACCUGCAAGAGGGAGAUGAAAUAACCCGUGACUUUGCAUAUGGUGAGUCAGACCCUCUGGUCAGGCAGUGCCGUUUGUUACCAUGGAUACCUGCUGAUCUACAAGGGGUAUGUGAAAAAACCACAGAGCCAGCAGAUUCAUAUUAUGAGGCUGUUUUGAAGGAAAACAAAGAGCAACUUCCUCUGGAAAUUCAUCCCUCCACACUACCCCAGGGCAGAAUACUUAAAGUGUACUCUGAAAUGUCACAAGUGAUUAACAACUUGACGGAUUCACGUUUCCAGCUGACGGAGAAUGAGGAGGAGGCGGAUAUCGUUUGGAGCUACAACCACAUCAAAGACUUCAGGAAGCUCAGCGUGGAGCGACCUCAUGUCAUGAUUAACCAGUUUCCCUGUGAGAACCUCAUCACUGUGAAAGAUUGCCUCGCUGCCGUGGCCCGCAGAGUGAAGGAUGGUUCAGAUGUGAUACCGAAGACCUUCAACCUCCAGACAGAGCUUCCACAGUUCAUAAGGCACUAUCAAGAGAGACAACAGAGGGGACAAGAUAACCACUGGAUAUGUAAGCCCUGGAAUUUGGCACGUGGGAUGGACAUACACGUCACCAACAAUCUGAACUACAUAAUCCGACAGAGAGAGAGUACACCAAAGGUUGUGUGUAAAUACAUUGAGGACCCAGUGCUGUUCGAGAGGGAGGACGUUGGACUGGUGAAGUUUGACAUCCGCUACAUGUUGAUGUUGCGCUCUGUGAACCCUCUGCGCCUCUACGCCUACAAUGUCUUCUGGUUGCGCUUUGCGAAUAGACCUUUCUCUCUGGACCAUUUUGAUGACUACCAGAAACACUUUACUGUCAUGAACUAUACAGAGGGUGUGGAGCUAAAGCAGGUUCACUAUGAUGAGUUCAUCCCCAUGUUUGAAAAACAGUACCCCCAGUAUCCAUGGAAGGAAGUGGAAGCUCAGUUGUUUAAAGCGUUCAAGAGGCUCUUCCAGGCUUCUUCAUCUCGACCUGCCCCAUAUGGUAUUUGCCCGUACCCGUCUUCCCGAGCAAUCUAUGCCGUAGACCUCAUGCUGAAGUGGGGAACGGAGGACAAUGCAGGUGAGCGUGUCAUGAUCCCUCAGAUUCUGGAGUUCAACUUCAGCCCAGACUGCGCCCGAGCCUGCCUCUACCACCCAGACUUCUACAACCACAUGUUCCAGACACUGUUUUUGGACCAGCCUGACGACUGCCCUGUUACACAGAUUGCGUGAUAAUUUCCUACAGCUCAUAAUCAAUAUUUCUGCCCUCUCCGUCUACCUUCUACCAACUUCUCGUUUUCCUUAUCUUUGUUUGUUUCUUUGUGUUUUGGGAAAAUAAACCUACAGAUGAGGGUUGUUAAAAGUAUUCCAUUGGUGCUAUCGAAGUUAAACUUUGUAAGCUAGUUUGACUGAAUUGCAGUUGACUUUACAUCAUGUUAUUGUCCCAGAUAGUUUGACACUAGUUACUGAAGGUCUGGACUGGCCCGCCAUCUAAAACAGUCUGAACCUCUUGCGUUCCACUUGUGGUCGCCUACAAGAUAUUUUUAUUGUAUUUUUUUACAAUUAUUAUUAUUAAAAAAAAUUUAAAAUAAAAAUAAUUAAAAUAAUCGGUCACCACCAGUUGCUCUGUCAAUAAGGAUUGCCUGUACUAUGAAUGCUGAACAUUUUAAAUCAUCAAAAAACAUAUUGAAAAUAAGACUGACUGUUUCAGCGUGGGAUACAUUGGCCCAUAUUAAAAAAAAUGGUGAAUUUGA